UUCUAAUUUCCGCUGCAAUUGUUUACAUUUUGAAUUCUUAUCAACACAAAAAUGACACAAAACCAGUACAGCUUUAUACACAGAAUUAAGAAUAUCACAGAAGAAUGUCCAAGAACAAAAGAUCAAGCAAAAGAAACAUCAACGGCUAAUCCAGAACCACAGCGGCAAGCUCAAACGAAUGGAGAACAAGAUACGGAACCAAGAAACCUUCAAGUUCUGUCAGAGAAUACCCAUUCAGAGAUCACAGAUGUACUACAACAGCCGCUGUUACCUGAAGCUGAACUAGAUAAUGGAACUUUGACGGAUAGAAUAAGAGAUAGGUGAAGAAACGCAGCACAGGUAGCAGAAAGAAUGUUAUAAGAAAUUAGACGUGAUGGUGCCUUUGAUUAUGAUCCCAACUUUGAAUACAUCAUUGAAGAAAACACCGACGGUUUUAAUGAGAAUGAUGACCCAGUUUAUGAACAACAACAACAGCGGAGA